GAGUGGACCUGCUGAAUGUGUACAGAAUAACAGAUGUCACCCUCACCAACAGAGGAGACUGCUGUCCUGAGAGGCUUGAUGGUGCUGAGAUCCGCAUCGGUAACUCAUUGGAGAACAACGGCAUCAACAGCUCCAGAUGUGCCGUCAUCUCCCACAUCCCAGCAGGAGAGUCCCACACCUUCCAGUGCAAUGAGAUGGAGGGUCGCUACGUUGUUGUGGUCAUCCCUGGCAGGUCGGAAUGGCUCACUCUGUGUGAGUUGGAAGUUCAUGGUACUCCUGCAGGAAAUGUGGCGUUGAAUGGAGUGGCCACUCAGUCAUCACUGUAUAAAAAUCGCAACGCUUACGAUGCCAUCGAUGGGAAAAGAAACACACACUAUGGAUCCUGCACCCACACUCUGAAAGACAGAAACCCGUGGUGGAGAGUGGACCUGCUGAAUGUGUACAGAAUAACAGAUGUCACCCUCACCAACAGAGGAGACUGCUGUCCUGAGAGGCUUGAUGGUGCUGAGAUCCGCAUCGGUAACUCAUUGGAGAACAACGGCAUCAACAACUCCAGAUGUGCCGUCAUCUCCCACAUCCCAGCAGGAGAGUCCCACACCUUCCAGUGCAAUGAGAUGGAGGGUCGCUACGUUGUUGUGGUCAUCCCUGGCAGGUCGGAAUGGCUCACUCUGUGUGAGUUGGAAGUUCAUGGUACUCCUGCAGGAAAUGUGGCGUUGAAUGGACCUGUAGGAAAUGUGGCGUUGAAUGGACCUGUAGGAAAUGUGGCGUUGAAUGGAGUGGCCACUCAGUCAUCACUGUAUGAAAAUCGCAACGCUUACGAUGCCAUCGAUGGGAAAAGAAACACACACUAUGGAUCCUGCACCCACACUCUGAAAGACAGAAACCCGUGGUGGAGAGUGGACCUGCUGAAUGUGUACAGAAUAACAGAUGUCACCCUCACCAACAGAGGAGACUGCUGUCCUGAGAGGCUUGAUGGUGCUGAGAUCCGCAUCGGUAACUCAUUGGAGAACAACGGCAUCAACAACUCCAGAUGUGCCGUCAUCUCCCACAUCCCAGCAGGAGAGUCCCACACCUUCCAGUGCAAUGAGAUGGAGGGUCGCUACGUUGUUGUGGUCAUCCCUGGCAGGUCGGAAUGGCUCACUCUGUGUGAGUUGGAAGUUCAUGGUACUCCUGCAGGAAAUGUGGCGUUGAAUGGACCUGUAGGAAAUGUGGCGUUGAAUGGAGUGGCCACUCAGUCAUCACUGUAUGAAAAUCGCAACGCUUACGAUGCCAUCGAUGGGAAAAGAAACACACACUAUGGAUCCUGCACCCACACUCUGAAAGACAGAAACCCGUGGUGGAGAGUGGACCUGCUGAAUGUGUACAGAAUAACAGAUGUCACCCUCACCAACAGAGGAGACUGCUGUCCUGAGAGGCUUGAUGGUGCUGAGAUCCGCAUCGGUAACUCAUUGGAGAACAACGGCAUCAACAACUCCAGAUGUGCCGUCAUCUCCCACAUCCCAGCAGGAGAGUCCCACACCUUCCAGUGCAAUGAGAUGGAGGGUCGCUACGUUGUUGUGGUCAUCCCUGGCAGGUCGGAAUGGCUCACUCUGUGUGAGUUGGAAGUUCAUGGUACUCCUGCAGGGAGACCCUGUUCUGAAGGAUGGCAGACAUCUGGCUCUAGCUGUUACUACACCACCACCGUGAUUAAAACCUGGGAGGAGAGCAGAAAGGACUGCAACGAGAGAGGAGCACACUUGGUGAUCAUAAACAGCAGAGAGGAACAGACAUUUAUCAAUGGGUUAUACGGACCGGGGAAUGAGACCUGGAUCGGUCUGACGAACGUUGACACUGAGGGAACCUGGAAAUGGGUGGACGACACACCACUGACCACAGCGUAUUGGAAGACUGGAAAGCCCAGCAGCACUUUAGGGGCCGACCAGGACUGUGUGGCGUUUUUCCACCAUUCAUCAGACCCAGGGGAGUGGAACAACGAGGAAUGUCACAAGUCAACCAACUGGAUCUGUGAGAUAUUUUAAUACUCUCUGCAAUGCGAACUACAUGUAACUGCCAAAAAAAGGAAACAUUUCAGUAAAUGAGGCUUAGGUCCACUCAACUACUUAGAGAGAACGGUAAACACCAAUAAAUACACAGCCAUUCUGAGUGACCACCUUCAACCUAUGGUGAAUCAGAUUUAUCCUGAUGGGUGUGGUCUCUUCUAGGAUGACAACGCCCCCCCCCCCACCCACCCACCAUCCAUUAGGGAACGAGUGGUCACCGAAUGGUUUGAUGAGCAGGAAAAUGAUGUGAACCAUAUGCCAUGGCCGUCUCAGUCACCAGAUCUCAACCCAAUUGAACACUUAUGGGAGAUUCUAGAGCGACACCUGAGACAACGUUUCACACAUUUCUCCUGAAAGAAUGGUGUUCGCAGCCCUCCAAUAGAGUUCCAGACAAAUCUAUACCGAGGCUCAUUGAAGCUGGUGGCUAGUGGUGGCAGACAAAUCUAUACCGAGGCUCAUUGAAGCUGUUCUGGCGGCUGGUGGCCUAACUUCCUAUUAACACAAUUGAUGUUUUCUUUAUUCUGGAAGUUAACAGUAUGUUGAUAAUAGUCUGAAUAUUGUUGAUAUAUUCUGGUAGAACGCUACUCUGAAUUACAUUUCUGAAUGAAAGGCACACACGCACGCUCACACAAAUCACGUUCAGAUUUCAUAAAAUGUGGUGUAUAAUAUCAUUUAAUAUAUGCUGUAAAUCAAUUUAAAUUUUUACAUGAUUUGUAUAAAUUAUACAGUUUGUCUGCUACUUGUGCUUUCAUCAUGCUGAACAUAAACAAGGUGUACUUCCUGCUUAUUCAGUAUAUAAUUGAACCUAGAUUAAAGACAUUUCCUUGUUGAAUA